AUGCUAACCUCUCAAUGGUUCGAAGCCGCCAUUAAGGGGGACGCCAAAACUAUCCAGACCCUUUCUUCUACAUAUGUGAGCACAUCUGACUGCUAUGGUCGAACAGCGCUCAUGCUCGCAUCUUCUCACAAUCGCAUUUCUGUCGUGAAGAUACUCUUGAAUAAAGAGCACGGGAUGCACGAUAUGCAGUACCAGACUGCCCUGAUGUACGCCGCAAGCGCUGGCCACCCAGAAGUCGUGGAGCUUCUUUUACCUUAUGAGUACCUGAUAAAAACGGGAGACCAGAAGAGUGCCCUCUACUACGCUAUAGAGUUUAACAAGCCCGAAUGCGUGAAACUUCUCUUGCCCCAUCUCUUCACCGAUACCUACCGAGGGCUCAGACCACUUGCUCUAGCAAUCUUCCUCAAGUGCUAUGAUAUGGUGCGCUUCUUUCUCCAAGAGAAUAACUUACUAUAUAUCUCACUCGACGAACUGACUCAGGCUCGAGACAUCGCUAAUGCCACACAAGACACCUAUGCAAUUGAUCUUCUCAACUCCCACGAGAACAAGUGGCAAUUAAGCGGAAAGUUUGUGGCUGUGACGCUUCAAGCAGAGCCUGUGGCGACGUAUACCCCUGUGGUAUCACCAAGCCUAACGAUGAUCCAACCUGCCGUGCAGCUACAGACAGACGAUCAGAUCUCCCAGCAAGACAGCAAACAGCCCAUUGAAUAUCUGGAUGACGAUGAGUAUGAAACCGUUAAUGCGGUUAUCAGCACAAAAGAGCGCAACACACGGCUGCAGACCCAACUCUCCAAAGGGAUCAAAAUGGUGGAGUUUAAGCUGGUUAACGAUUAUCUUCAAGAUCUGCAAAUGGACAUGCUUGGCGGUAACACAGAGCAUGCUCCCAUGGAAGCGUCUGGAGACCCCUAUGACCCCGCUCUCUUCCCUACGAAGGUAUUAGAGUCGAAUAUUCCCCGGGGAGCCUGGAUACUGUACUGCAAACAACAAGCUCUCAGGAGGCUGAGAGAUGAGCAAACCCUUAACGACACUCUUUCCUCCAUAGAAGCACAUACAUUUUCACUGUAUAAUAGCGAUACUUUGGAAGAGAUGCAGAGAAAACGGCGGCUGAUCUCCGGGUUUCUCAGUAAGAGCGUUGAGGAGCUACUCGAGCUUACUGUUGAUGAAUAUGUAAGCCAGAGCGGAACUGUGGAGAGCAUGCUCGGCAGCUGCACACGAAACGACGUGGUGUUCCAGAAGGAAAGUACUAACAUGCAGACUUUUGCCAACGAUAGCGUAUACAAUUAUAACAGCAAGAUGAGCAGAAUGAAUCGGCGUCACCAUGCGAUGGACACCCAUGGAACAGACCUCACAGACGCCACCGACGUAAUUGACGAAUCUGUCACUGAGAACACCACCACACUUCAUUGA